CGGGCCUGACUGCGGGCAGCUUGGCUCCACACUUGGGCUUGGGGGCCCGCCGCGGGAAGGCGGGGGCCGGGCGGCCUCGGUUGGGACACCGGCCCCCGUCCGGGCGGCCGCGGUGCCGCGAUGUCGUCCAGGCCGGAGCGCGACGACGCGGGGGUGGGGGGCGCGCGGCGGCCGCGGGAGUCGGCGGAGCAGGAGCGGCGGCGGCGCCGAGAGCAGAGGCGGCGGCGGCACGACGCGCAGCAGCUGCAGCAGCUCCAGCACCUGGAGUCCUUUUAUGAAAAACCUCCUCCUGGGCUAAUCAAGGAAGAUGAGACUAAGCCAGAAGACUGUAUACCAGAUGUACCAGGCAAUGAGCAUGCCAGGGAAUUUCUGGCUCAUGCACCAACUAAAGGACUAUGGAUGCCACUGGGGAAAGAAGUCAAAGUUAUGCAAUGUUGGCGUUGCAAACGGUAUGGUCACCGAACAGGAGACAAAGAAUGCCCUUUCUUUAUCAAAGGCAACCAAAAGUUAGAACAGUUCAGAGUAGCACAUGAAGAUCCCAUGUAUGACAUCAUUCGAGAGAAUAAAAGACAUGAGAAGGAUGUGAGGAUACAGCAAUUAAAACGGUUACUGGAAGAUUCCACCUCAGAUGAGGAUGGGAGCAGCUCUAGUUCUUCAGAAUGUAGAGAGAAACACAAGAAAAAGAAGAAGAAAGAAAAGCAUAAGAAAAGGAAGAAAGAAAAGAAAAAGAAGAAAAAACGGAAGCAUAAAUCUUCCAAGUCAAGUGAGAGUUCAGACUCACAAUGACAUGGACUUGACUUGUUCAACAGUUCUCAACAGUUCAGUUUGUUCUCAGAAAUCAAACGCUGUGGCCAAAGAAAAGAGGGAGCUGCUAUCAGAAAGUAACAGGACACAGACCAGAGGAGGACAUCUGUCGUCACAGCUGUGCAUCCUCCCCACCUUCCAUUGGAGCCAGCCCACAGCAGAGGGUUGUGUCUUCCUUCCCAGGUGCUAGCAGGGGAUGUGGCUGAUUCCAGGCAGGGGAGCUUCUUCAGUGUCCUCCUCCCUGCUGGUCACUUGAGUCUGAUUCCUUAGAAAGGCCUCCUUCAGGGAGGUGGCUGAAGGGACUCUGAGGAGGCACUGACUGGCAGUGCCACAGCUUUUGCACUCUGUGGUGGGGUGGCUCACUUCUCAUGGACCUCAGGUUGGAGCCUUUUCUGUCGAUGAGGAUAAUAAAAGUUCAUUAUUUUAAAAUGUAGUUAUUUAUUCAUGAGUAACGUGGGCAUGAGGCC